ACAAUAGCUGCAAUCGUUGGAUCUUUUGGGGCCACAUGCUUUACUUGUGGUUACCAUUUCACUUCCCAAUUCCCUUGCCCAUUUGCUCAUCUCUCUCGCACAUUUAAACCCAACUUUUGUGCGUCGCUUGUCUCUCUCUUUGUUUCAACCUGUGAAAAUCAGUUUGCUUUCAACAGAUUUUGUGUUUUGCCUAGAGCUUUGAGCUGUUCAAAGGGUGUUUCAUUGGUGGUGGGCUUAUUUUCAUUGUUGAUCCCUUCCAUGGCAUUUACUUCAAGCAAGGUCCCAAAUGGGUCAGUUGUGACUAAGACUAUUGGUAACACUAACCAUCGUGGUAAAAUCUAUCCUAUAACUCGAGGGUUUGAUCGUCGGAGACUGAGAAAUACAGGUCUUUUGAUGGCGAAGUUGAGGUUUCCAAACGAACGUUUGGGAAACAUAUAUGAAAAAACUGGUGGUUUCGGUGUCACUCGAGGAUCUUCCUUGAUAUGCUUGUCCUCAAGAACUCAAAAGUCUGAAACUGAUUGCUCGGAUGCAUCUAGUGCACAGAUUGCCGAAGACGAAGUCGGUCAUUCAAGCAUGCAUGGGAGAACCAUACAUUCAAGUCCCGGCUUGGCUGAAGCUUGUAGAUUCGCUUGUAAUGAUGCAAAGUUUGUAAAUGAAAGGGCUCGUAACGACAUUGUUUUGCUUUCUCGUGGAAUAAUGAGGUUGGAUGCUCGUGCUCGUCAGGAUGUCGCUAUUCUCGGGUCAGGAUUUCUUAAACUCGAUGCUAGGGCAAGAGAAGAUACAGAAAAAAUUGACCGAGGUGUGAAGAAAAAGGCCGAACGUCUUCACCAUAUUGCCACUAUCUUAAAAGCCAAGGCUGAAUCUAGAUUGAAAAAGGCCGCUGAUAAACAUUGGAGUGACGGUGCAUUAGAGGCUGAUCUGCGCCGUGCCGAUUUCCGUGCUAAGCAACGUGCUAUGGAGGAUGCUCUAAUGGCUUUGGAGUUUGUGAAAAACAUUCAUGACAUGAUGGUGAGCAAGGGGUACAAAUUCCCAUUGCGAUGGGAAAAAGGUUCACUAUCAGCUAAUGAUUUGAUGCUCGAGAAAAACGGGAAGACUCUCGAUUUCUUUAAUGGUGAAGUGUCUACCGAUCGCAUUAGUGCUAUUCAGGAAGCUUACUGGAGUAUAGCAUCCGCACUUUCCGAAGCCGAUGGAAUCGACUACACCGACCCCGAAGAGCUCGAGUUGUUAGUAAUGACACUUAUAGAUCUCGAUGCCAUGGAUGGUAAGAGCAGUGUAUCGUUGUUGCAAGAGUGUUCAAGUUCCCCCGAUGUCAAUACGAGACAAGCAUUGGCUAAUGCACUAGCAGCGGCUCCAUCUAUGUGGACACUCGGAAACGCCGGCAUGGGCGCAUUACAGAGGCUGGCAGAAGACGACAACCCGGCGAUUGCGGCGGCAGCAUCGAAAGCGAUUUACGAACUAAAGAAACAAUGGGAAAUAGAAGAAGGGGAUAGCUGGAGGUUUAUGAUGAAUAUGAAGCCAUCGGAGGACAUAGAUGGAGAUGAUGAAGAUAACUAAUUAAGAAGAAAUAAUUUUAAAAAGAAAGUGGAAAUUCAUACUGUAGAUAUCUACACAUACGGUUUUUAACUAAUUGCAGGCAAGUGAUGGAUCCAUAUGAUGUUUGAUGUUAGAUUUCAUUACUUCCUGAAGAAGUAAAAACCAUUAGAAUUUGUGUUGGAAGUUUAUGUAAGAACAGACGUCUUUUUCUUAAUGAAAAUCUUAUUUAUUUCGAUUAAA